GGAAACCCAGGUUUGGAACUGUGGACUUACGAGCCCUAAGCCUCAGCAGCUGCGGGCCUGUGGUGCAACUUCGGCGGCGGGGAGGAAUCUACGCGGCUUAGUUAUUGCUGGAACUCAUCGCACGGGUAACGACAAGCGGUUGCUUUGGGAUCCUCAGUGAUUUUAACUGUUGGACUCGAUUUGAAAGCUGGAUGCUCCCCCAUUUCACUUUUGUGUGGUCCGAGACUGGGGGUAUGAGAAAGCGGGCUGAGGUCACGUAUUAACCCCGAAGCUUGACUCCUGGCACCUGGGUGAGGGCCGAGGUGCCUUGCGGCGCGGCGGAGACCAAGUCUGGCGGGCCGGAGACGCGGCAGUCGGAUCUCGCUUGGGAAGGGCUCUGCUUUCCCCCCGUCUUUUCUGCUCAGCCAUGUCUCCGGCUCCAGCUGCGGCUCAGGCUCCUACGUCGGUCUCCCUGUUUGAUCUCAGCGUGGAUGCUCCGGUCCUUCGGGGCCUGAGCCUAGUGAGACGCCAUCCCGGGGAGACUCCGGCCCAGGCACUGCGGACCUCCUCUCCAGGUUCAGGGGAGAGAACAAACCCAGAAAGAAAACUACUCCAGGGUCCUCUGGAUAUUUCAGGGAAGUUAUUUUGUUCAACCUGUGACCAGACCUUCCAGAACCACCAGGAACAGAGAGAACAUUAUAAGCUUGACUGGCAUCGGUUUAACCUAAAGCAGCGUCUCAAGGACAAGCCUCUCCUGUCUGCCCUGGACUUUGAAAAGCAGAGCUCUGCAGGAGAUCUUUCCAGCAUCUCAGGAUCAGAAGACUCCGACUCAGCCAGUGAGGAGGACUUACAGAUACUGGAUGAGGAGAGGGCUGAAUUUGAGAAGUCUAACAUACCCCGAAGCUCCUGCUCUCAUCGGGUUCUUUUCCAGAAUGCCCAGGGCCAAUUUCUUUAUGCCUAUCGUUGUGUCCUAGGCCCUCACCAGGUGCUCCCAGAAGACCCAGAACUGCUGCUACAAAACCUGCAAAGUGGAGGUCCUAGACACUGCGUGGUACUCAUGGCUACAGCUGGGCACUUUGCUGGUGCCAUUUUCCAAGGAAGAGAAGUGGUGACACACAAAACCUUUCACCGCUACACAGUACGGGCCAAGCGUGGCACAGCCCAGGGACUUCAUGAUGCCCGGGGUGGGGCUUCUCGCUCUGCUGGAGCCAACCUGAGGCGCUACAAUGAAGCCGCACUAUAUAAGGAUGUUCGUGACCUGCUGGCAGAGCCAGGCUGGGCUAAGGCGCUGGGGGAGGCUGGGACAAUACUGCUGCGUGACCCCCGCUCUGGUCGGUCCUUGUUCUUCGGAGGCCAAGGGGCACCCCUGCAACGGAGGGAUCCCCGACUUUGGAAUAUCCCCCUUGCCACCCACAGACCCACCUUCAAAGAGCUACAGCGUGUGUUCCAUAAGCUAACCACCUUGCAUAUCCAUGGAGAAGACCCCCGGGAGACAGUCAGGUUGGACUCACCUCAGUCUUACUGGAAGACAAUGAGAGAGACGAAGAAGGCUAUCAAGGAAGAAAGAAAGGUCCCCAGUGAUGAAAAUGGGGCACUAGGGCAGAAUGAGGACUCUCCCAAACAGGGUUCAGGGUCAGAGGAAGAGGAUGGCUUCCAGGUAGAGUUGGAGCUAGUAGAGUUGACAAUGGGGACUCUGGAUCUUCGUGAGUUUGAAGUAUUGCCCAAGCGGAGGAGGAGAAGAAGGAGUAAAAGGGAGAAAAGCCGAGACCUGGAGGCUGGAGCACAUGCGGCUCUUCCCCAGCAACCUCAAGAAGACAAGGCCUCACAGUCAUCCAGGGCACAUACAGCCCCUUUGGAGCCUUCCCUGGAUGAGGCCAAGGUCCCUGGUCAAUCGGAGCUCUGGGACAUGCUUCUUGCUGCUUGCCGAGCUGGAGAUGUUGGGAUGCUGAAAAUCCAGCUAGCUGCCAGUCCCAUAGACCCUGAAGUUCUCUCUCUGCUCAAUGCCCCCUUGGGCUCCAGUGGCUUCACCCUCCUACAUGCAGCAGCUGCCGCUGGGAGAGGCUCAGUGGUUCGCUUGCUGCUGGAGGCAGGUGCUGACCCCACCAUCCAGGACUCCCGGACCCGGCCACCAUAUACAGUUUCAGCUGACAAAUCAACACGUAAUGAAUUCCGAAGGUUCAUGGAGAAGAAUCCAGAGGCUUAUGAUUACAGCAAGGCUCAGGUGCCAGCGCCAUUGACAUCAGAAAUGGAGGCACGGAAGACUAUGCGCAAAAAGGAGCAGAAGGCAGCCCGGCGGCAACGGGAGGAACAGCAGCGGAAGCAGUGGGAGCAGGAGAAGCAGGAGCAAGAAGAGCAGCGGCGAUUUGCCGCUCUCAGCGACAGAGAGAAGAGAGCUCUGGCUGCAGAGCGCCGACUAGCUGCCCAGUUGGGAGCCCCUACCCCUCAGACCCCUGACUCUGCAAUCAUCAAUGCUCGACGCUGCUGGAGUUGUGGGACAUCCCUCCAAGGCCUCAUUCCCUUUCACUACCUUGACUUCUCUUUCUGCUCCACACGCUGCCUCCAGGAUCAUCGCUGUCGGGCCAGGAAACCCUCUUCCUGAUCUCUCACAGCUCCACCUAGGGCCAAUGCUAGACCCUGAGAGGGCACAUUUACACUGGUCCUAGGUUUCUUCUUCCCCGAGAAACCAGAGUAUUUGGAAGAUUGGGGUGAGAGACACUCAGGAACCCAGGUAAAGACAGGGCCAAAGAGGUGUGUGGAGCUGGUACUGUCUCUGGAACUUUAAUCACAAUAAAGUUUGGCAAGGAAACUGCACUUGUAC